GCUGUAUCAAUAAGCAGCUUGACGUAGAUGUCUGCACGGCGGGCCUUAUCCCGAUUUGACCGAGUGAAUCAAUGGUUGCAGUUUGCUCGCCAGUGGCAUUUAGUUGAUGCAGAUCACCAGGAUGCAUUUCAACUAGGGAAGUAUGUCGCAAAAUAUCUGUCAGGUAGACAUAAACCCAUCUGGCAUCCCGAGACUGAUUGUGGAGAUCAUGUAGUAGUUGUAAACUGUCGGCAUGUGGCUAUGCAUGGAUUCGAUUGGAAACAUACUCUGUUCCACUUCAAUAAGGAAUAUCCAAAAUCUAAAGUUGACAUUCCUGCUUGGCAAAUACAUGAGUACGAUCCAUGUCGUAUAAUGUUCUUAGCUGUUUAUAAGGGACUAGGACAUAAUUUGAUACGGCGAACCCAUAUACAACGGUUACAUCUUUUCCCUGGUACAGAUAUGCCGGAUUUUAUUAAAGAAAAUCUAGGCAGCCAGUUGGAACAGAUUCAGCCAGUACCCAAACGAAGCGAUGAAUAUACACCGGAGGAGCGAGCAAAGUUCCCCAAACUCAUAAGUUUCCCACCAAAUCAUGUGGAAGAAUGGGAACGCAGCGUGCCAGUUCCAGGACGGUAUGAAAAGAAAAAUCCUUUGGCAAAGAAGUAGGGAGACUAUAGAAGUAGAACACUUUAAUGUACAAAUUCCAAAACAGAUAGCACAUCCCCAUCAGUGAUGAGAGUUGUUAUCUUAUCUUGUUGUUAUCAUUCAAUAUAUA